UUUACACAUUUGUAAGUGGAGGUGAUGCGGUAAGUAUUUGAAUUCUGUAUUUUCAGCAAUUGAAUAUUGUUGAAUUUGUUCUCAAAUUGAUGGGUUUAAGUGGAUAACACUAUUAGUCAUGCUGGUUAAAGGAUAAAACAAUGCACAUGAAAGAAAAUCAUUCCAUUAAAAUCAAAUAAUUAACAAAAAGGAUUGUGAGAAUAAGGGCAUCACAGUCAAUAAAAGUCGAUUAAGAAGGUACGUAGAUUGGAGAUUGAGCUGUUUGAAUCAUAACUUAUCCGAUCCCAGUUUCCCAGUUGUCAUUAUAAAUGGACAUCAUCCAACAGGAAGAGACAGAUUUCAAAAUGGAUACCAAUGAAACAAGACGUAGUACCCUUGUCCUUCAACAGGCAGUUCUGCCGUCUUUAAUAGGACUCAUUAUUGCCUUGAUUAACUUAGCAGCAAUACUUAUUCUUGCACAGUGUAAAAGGAUGAACCACCAAAUCAGGCUGAUGUCUAUUAAUUUGGCUGUAACCGACCUAAUGACCGGGGUGGCCAUAUUGAUAGAUGCCUUUCUACCAACGAUGUUAGAAGAGGGUCUGUGUCGGUUCUUGAUGUAUUUCUACUGUAUUGGGGUGGUUGUGUCUUUUCUAACAAUUACUGGCAUGCUUGUCGAUCGCUUUGUUGCGUUGUAUUUUCCAUUCGGUUACCUUGUUCUGCUUGGCAAAGAAAGAAGUCUGGGUAUAAUUUUAGGAAUUUGGUUUACUGGUUUGAUUCUCACAGCAGUGAACUUCUUUGAUGGAUUCCAAGCGUACCAGUAUCAAGAUUUUGUCAUAUGUGCUCAAUACACCGUAAGGGGCAAAACUGGACUGCUUACCGUGACUGCCAUUUUCUGCUUUCUAAUUGUUGUUGACGUUGUACUCUACAUGUUAAUGUUCAUCAAAAUGUACAAGAUAUCAGGAGCUACUUCCGGUUUGGAGACUCUGACUAGAGAAAAACAGUUCAAAUACCAGGCAAGAAUUUUAAUCAAAUUAUCAGCCAUUCUCGGAUGUUUCAUGUUACUUUACACCCCAAUGAUUAUAAUAAACAUUAUUGAUAUUAUUAACACGGAUCCAUCAAAUAAGAGGGUUAUACUGACGUGGCAGAGUUUCGCAGGACUUCUCGUUCUUCUGAAUUCCUUUAUUAACCCAUUUCUGUAUGUUUGGAGGUACACAGAAUGCAGAUACACGUUCUUAAUGAUCAUUUGCUGCUGCAACAAAAACAGGAGAGAGAAAUACCGGAAACUGAAGAAACAUUUCUUCGAACCAUAUUUGGUCCAGACGAGCUCAACUGCAAUCACCAGUAAAUAGUAAAUGUUUGGAUUAUUUUCAGACAUGUUAAAAAAUAUUAAGCAUUUUUUAUGCAUAAAUAGUAUAAUUUUUUUUUUUAUAAAUGUACAUAUCAUUCGUUUAUUCCUUGAUUCUAACCAAUUUUGGGGGGUCUUUUCUUUUAAUCUUUCUGUUUGUUUCGUUUUUGUU